AUGGAGGUUUAUCUGAAGACCAGCUUCGACCAGUGGUUCAGCAUCACCAGAAGCUAUAAGGCUCUGGUCAAUAAUGCCGGAAGUCCAAUGGACCCGGAACAGUGGAAUCCGGAGAUGAAGAAGAAAGCCCAAAUAGAUUUCAAGGCUCUCAGCACCCUACAGUGCGGGCUAACGAAAGAAGAACUGAACCACGUCGACCCACAUGAAAAUGCAAAGGAACUGUGGGGCAAGCUCAUCGAAUUGCACAAGGGAGCCAUCGACGCGAAGGAAGGAAAAACUACGAGUCAACUCCACGCAAGGAUAAAGGACAUCCUCAAGGGGCUUCACAACAUCAGCAACCAGAUGGAGAACUGUGACCUGAUAAGGUUAAGAAAGGAAUUGACCUUUUUGCAGGUUCCUCUAAAGACAAGCCAAGAACCAAACCUGAAUCUGAAGGUGAGUUUGACUAAGACCCAGGAGACGAAGAAUAUUUGGUGA